AUGGGGGAGAGCACCAAACUGUCUGCCGUGAUUGACGGUCAAACCGGCAAGCUUGUGCUGAAAGAGGGAUUCCAGGCGGACAGCGUGGCGUGGGCGAGUUUCACAAAUGACAUCUCCAAGUCAGGUUGGGCUCAAUUGGAGGUGACCACUAGUGCCGCCUAUGACGACGCGUUGCAAGCAUAUGCCGCAGGAGCUGUGGAGGGUGCUGUUACCUCACAGCUCAUCAGAGACCAGUGGAAUAACACAGUUUCUGGCUACUGUGUGCUGGGGGAACAAGGAUAUGACCCAGUGUACUGCAAAAAACUUCAGGACUACAUUGUGACUAACCUCCAGUGGGUGGCGGAACAGAUAGAGAAAGAACCUUCCUCGCCAUACUGGCACCAGGUCCAGCUGGCUCUGUUGCAGGUUCAGGGAAUGGAAGAUGCAUACAGUGGUCAGCUGUCGUUUCCUACAAAGGUUCCAAAUCUGAAUCCAUUUGGUUUUCUGUUGUUUCAGAUGGUCGGUGACUUGUUUGAUCUGGAAGGGGCACUGAAUAAGCCUAGUCUGUUACGAACCCUUGGCUCUGGCUCUUGCUCUGCUUUGGUGAAACUUCUGCCAGGAAACAAAGAGCUGCUUGUAGCUCAUGCCACCUGGGAUGAAUACACAGCCAUGUUGAGGAUCUUGAAGAAGUACUCCUUCUCUUUCCAUCUUUCGCCAAAAGGGAAAACCCCCAUUCCAGGAGCUGUACAGGCGUUCUCCUCUUACCCUGGCGCCAUCUUUUCAACAGAUGAUUUCUACAUCCUCAGCAGUGGGUUGAUUGCUUUGGAAACCACAAUUGAUAACAGUAACCCUGCCCUGUGGAAAUAUGUUGUACCUGAAGGAACCGUGAUGGCAUGGCUCAGAAACAUUGCCGCUAAUCGCCUCGCAAAUACAGGAAAGGAGUGGGCUGAUGUCUUCAGCAAGUUCAACAGUGGAACGUACAACAAUCAGUGGAUGAUUGUGGAUUACAAACUCUUCAAACCAGGAAGUGCGUACAACACACAAGACCAACUCUUCACUGUUCUAGAACAGAUGCCAGGUUCUGUUGUGGUCAAGGAUAAAACCAAAGAGCUUUAUAAUACUGGUUACUGGGCAAGCUACAACGUCCCGUAUUAUAAGGAGGUGUUCGAUGACAUGGACUACGAUGAGAUGGUGAAGAAGUACGGUUCUUGGUUCUCACACAACAUGAGCCCGAGGGCUCAGAUAUUCAGACGGGAUCAAACCUCAGUGACAGAUCUGGAGUCUAUGGUCAAGCUCAUGAGAUACAAUAAUUAUGAGGAGGAUCCAUUGUCCGAGUGUGAAAAAUGUGAUCCGAAACCCAAUGCUGCUAAUGCUAUCGCUUCACGCUGUGACCUCAACCCUGCCAACGGCACUUACCCGUUUAAAGCUCUGGGGCAACGAUCUCAUGGGGCAACAGACAUGAAGAUGACCUCCUUCAGCAUGUAUAAGGAGUAUGAGAUGCUGGCUGUCAGUGGGCCCACAUGGGACCAGGUGCCUGCCUUCCAGUGGAGUACUUCACCGUACAGUGGUCUUCUCCACAUGGGCCACCCAGAUCGCUGGGACUUCGACCAGGUUUCAGUCAAAUGGAGUACUGAUUGAGUUUAAACUUACAGUUUUAGAUGCACACACGCUGAAUGCUGCUUACUGUCAUGAAAAAAUUACAUGAGCAUCGCUAUGCUGCUCAAAUCAACAGUUUUGAAAUUUGCGCACAACAGACACUUCAGUAUUUUUUACCAUGCCACCUUUUGUUGAAUAGUAUAUAAUACAAGAUACCAUAUACAAGAGGAUUAUCAUCACGUACCUCAUACGUUUUCUUGUAUAGUAUGAUUUAUGAAAAAUUACCUUGUCCAGAAAGUUCAAAACAAGUCCUAUCAGAAAAAGAUAAGAGGUUGGAAAAAAAUGUGUUUUUCUGAACUAAAUGACACAUUUUAUGGUACUGUUGGUUUUAUGCCAGAUUUACUUGCCUUUACUUUCCACUUUCCGCAGCAGUUAAUGCCACGCCAGCUUAUGUAUGCACCAAGUAGUAGGCCUAUAGACUAUUUGUUUGCCCUCAUUGGUAACAAGGUGUCAAAGACUAUGAAAAAUAAAGCAAGCAAAUAAAACAA